AUGUCCAAGAGGCUUAUUCAAAAUCUUGCCAAGAUCAUCUCGAAACAAGUGGACCACUUCAGUCAGACGGAAGUUGAGUGCCUUCUUCGGGAAUUUUUCUCUAUAAUCGGACAGACGACGGGCACCGGUAAGAGCACCUUGAACGAGAGGAAGUUCCGAAGCAUAUUGACAAAUGAAUUCGGGCUCACCAACAACACCAUCAUGGAAAGAGUUUUCAAGACGUUCGACAAGGACAACGAUGGCUUCGUCAGCGCUAAAGAGUGGGUGGAGGGCCUGUGCGUGUUCCUUCGUGGCACCUUGGAUGAAAGAAUCAAAUACUGCUUCCAUGUAUACGACCUUAGCGGAGAUGACUACAUCUCAAGGGAGGAGAUGCUACUCAUGGUGAGGAACUGCCUAAGGCUGCAUGGUGAGGAGGAUCCUUAUGACGGUAUCAAAGACCUGGUGGAGAUCACGCUCAAGAGGAUGGACCACGACAGUGAUGACAAACUGUCUUUUGAUGACUAUGCAAAGUCAGUGAAAGAGCUGGACAUAGUGCUUGAGGCUUUUGGGACAUGCCUGCCCAAUGCCACAAAGAUUGAGAUGUUCGAGCAGCGUGUUUUCCAUGAUAAAAAAGAACGAAGAUGA